AUGGACAAACCAAAAGACCUUAAUGGUCUUGGAGAUAUGGGCGAGAAGCAAACUAGCUUGAACCACGUCGUUUCUGUUGGAGAAGGUCAAGUGGAGGCAGAUGUGGAGAAAUUUGGUUCUCUCCAUCGGACCUUGACUCCACGUUUGAUUCAUGUCAUUUCCCUUGGGUCAAAUGUGGGCAGUGGCCUAUUCAUUGCAACAGGAAAGGCGUUGGCAGAUGGUGGCCCUGGAAGUAUGUUCUUGGGCUACCUAGUUGUAUGUAUUGGUGUCUGGGCCAAUCUUCAGAACCUAACGGAGAUGACUAUUGCCUUCCCAACGUCGGGAAACUAUAUCGACUAUGCAGAUCGCUGGGUUGACCCUGCAUUGGCGUUUGGAGCUGGUGUGGCUGAAUGGUUAGGUUGGACAUCUGUUUUCGCUUCAGAGGCGACGUUUUUCGUUAUUUUAGUCAACUUCUGGGCUGGAGGUGCUGUCCCAGAUGCAGCGUUGCUCAGUAUUUUCUUGGUCAUAUGUCUCACGGUAUUCUUCAUGCCCAACAAGUUCUUCGGAUGGCUCGAAUACUUUGGAUCACUUGUCAAGGUCUUCUUAUUCAUAUUCAUUGUUAUUAUCUCCCUCGCAAUCAUUGGAGGAGCUGGGUCAAAAGGCUACGUGCGUGAUGGAAGUACCUGGACCGAUUUACCAACUUUCAAAAAUGGCUUUGGGGGAUUUGCAAAUGCUGCGCUCCUCGGAAUCUGGGCCAUCGGCGACCAAGUUUUUAUCGGUGUCAUGGGUGGUGAAGCCGAGUCACCUCGCUACUCUAUGGCACACUCAGCAAAUCUGAUCCCCUGGCGAGUGGCAGUAUUCUACCUGGUCUCGACUGUGCUCGUUUCUAUCAUUGUUCCUUCAAAUGAUCCACGUCUCUUAGGUGGCUCAGGCGUUGCCGCCUCUCCGUUCGUAAUCUCCGUCCAAGAUGCAGGGAUUAAAGGCAUCCCUGACUUAAUCAAUAUUUGCAUGAUCAUUGGAGUUUUGGCCAUUGCUCUGGAAUGCAUUUUCCUACCAUCAAGAAUUCUCCGAACAAUGGCCCUGCAAAAACUUCUACCGUCUUUCAUUGCCAAAGUUGACGAACGAGGUCGGCCAAGAUGGGCACUUACUAUCACAGCGCUCGUAGCAGUUCUUUUAACAUACAUGAGUUUGAGCGCCGGGGGACUGGAAGUCCUGAACUGGCUUAUCGCCAUCACAAGUGCAUCCUUCUUCACCAACUGGGCCAUUAUUGGCUUCACAUCUUUCCGGUUCCGAGCCGCAGUGAAAGCACAGAACAGUCCCAUUUUCGGUCACCAGUACGGCUGGAAAUCAAACUUCUGGCCUGUUGCUCCGGUAUUAAUCCUUAUCAUAUCAACUCUACUGUUGAUCUGUCUUCUUUAUAAGAGCAUAAAACCGGCGACUGGUGGAUUCACAGCUUAUAACUUCUUUUCUUAUACGAUCGGCUUGUUCCUGAUUCUAUUCUCAACCAUCGCAUACAAGAUCAUCUUCCGAACGCCUUGGCGUGAUCCGGCAACAGCUGAUUUGGUUACUGGUCAUCGAGCAUUAACGACUGAAGAGAUUCGACAGCUAGAUGCUUAUUAUGAGCGUCCCUUCUGGCGACGGUUCGGGACAUAUAUUAGGCUAUGGUAA